AUGGAGAUAGCAAACAGUAUCAUCCUGCUCCUCUUGAUAUCAGCCGGCAUUGGUGGUGCUGCACAAAAUGCUUCUGGACGAGCACAUGAGGUACAUGUUGGAGUCAUCCUUGACUUGGGGUCCUUGGUCGGCAAAAUAGCAAUCACCAGCAUUUCACUGGCUCUAGAAGACUUCUAUUCUGCUCACCAAAACUAUAGCACAAAACUUGUUCUCCACAUCAGGGAUUCGAUGAGCGAUGAUGUCCGGGCUGCAGCUGAAGCUCUUGAUUUGCUGGAGAAUUACAGAGUAGAAACUAUCAUUGGUCCUGAGAAAUCUUCACAGGCUAUAUUUAUCUCAGACCUUGGAACUAAAAGUCAUGUUCCAAUCAUCUCGUUCACUGUAACAAGCCCAACUAUAUCCCCUAGCAGUCUUCCAUAUUUUGUCCGAGCAACAUUAAAUGACUCAGCACAAGUGAGUUGCAUUGCCUCAACCAUUAAGGCAUAUGGAUGGAGAAAGGCGGUGCCUAUCUAUGAAGACACUGAAUAUGGUAGAGGUAUCAUACCAUACCUAGUCGAUGUCCUCCAAGAAGAUAAUGUUCAUGUUCCCUACCGCAGUGUGAUUCCUCUGUCAGCAACUAGUGAACAAAUUUCUAUAGAACUAUACAAGUUAAUGACAAUGCAAACAAGGGUCUAUAUUGUGCACAUGUCCUCAGCGUUGGCCUCCACCCUCUUCAUGAAGGCAAAAGAACUAGGAAUGAUGGAAAAAGGAUAUGUAUGGAUCAUAACCGAUGGAGUAACCAAUCUCAUAGAUUCUCUGCAUCCUUCUGUUGUGGAAUCAAUGAACGGUGCCCUGGGUAUCCAAUUUUAUGUUCCCAAAUCAACAAAACUGAACAACUUCACUGUAAGGUGGAAUAUGAGGUACCAAAUUGACAAUCCGACUGAUCCACCAUCGAAAUUGAGCAUAUUUGGACUGUGGAGCUAUGAUACAAUCUGGGCACUAGCACAAGCUGCAGAAAAGGUUGGACUUGCCAAUGCCACAUUUCAAAAACCAAUAUCCAAACAAAAAUCAACAGACUUGGAAACCUUGGAGACAUCUAGUAAUGGUCCAGAACUCUUGAAGGAAAUCUUGCACAGUACAUUUAUAGGUUUGAGUGGCAGGUUUGACCUUUCAGAUAGGCAGCUGGCCGUUUCAACAUUUAAAGUAAUAAAUGUUAUUGGGAGAGGAUGGAGAGACAUUGGAUUUUGGACAGCACAAAAUGGACUUGUACGGAAAUUAAAUCAAUCACAAUCAACAAGAAUACAUUCAAGCUUACUGCCAGAUCUUAAUCCUGUGAUCUGGCCGGGAGAAUCCAUAGACAUACCUCGAGGCUUUGAGGUUCCUGCAAAUGGGAAGAAACUUCGAGUUGGUGUACGCUCAAGUGGAUAUCAACAAUUUAUAAAGGUUGAGAAGGAUCAAAUCACAGGUGCAACUAAAGCAACUGGCCUUUCAGUUGAUGUAUUUGAAGAGGCAGUAAAGAUACUUCCAUAUGCAGUGCCUUAUGAAUAUGUAUUAUUUGGCUCUCCGGAGGAUACAAGUAGUGGAAGCUACGAUGAUUUUGUCUAUCAAGUUCAUCUUAAGGUAUACGAUAUAGUAAUUGGAGAUAUAACAAUCAGGUACAACCGAACUUUCUAUGCUGACUUUACUGUGCCAUACACAGAAUCAGGGAUAGCAAUGGUGGUUCCUGUGAAGGACACUGUAAACAAGAACACAUGGAUCUUCUUGAAGCCACUAACACCUGGCAUGUGGCUUGGGAGCAUUGUGUUCUUUAUCUACACUGUUGUUGCAGAAGAGAUUGUGGAACGCUUUUUAUCUCGGAUAGUGAUGAUUGUAUGGCUGUGUUUUCUUCUGGUUGUUACAUCAAGUUACACAGCAAACUUGACAUCAAUGUUGACUGUACAACAGCUUCAACCUACUGUAAAUCAUAUCCAAGAACUCCUAAAAAGUGGAGAAAUUGUAGGAUACCAUCGUGGCUCGUAUGUCAAGGGACUUUUAGAAGAACUCGGUUUUGAAAGUUCCAAGAUCAAGCCCUAUGAUACCCCUGAUGAUUUUCACAAUGCACUUUCAAGAGGAAGCAGCAAUGGUGGUAUUGCUGCUCUCAUGCAUGAAGUUCCCUAUAUUAAACUGUUCCUUGCAAACCACUGCAAAGGUUACACUAUGGUUGGACCAAUUUAUAAGGCUGCAGGUUUUGGAUAUGCACUUGCAAAGGGAAAUCCUCUACUUGGUGACAUCUCACAGGCAAUGCUCAAUGUAACAGGGGGAGAUACUAUGAUUCAAAUUGAGAAAAAAUGGAUGGAAUAUCAAAAUGACUGCCAGAACGUAGGUCCUGUCACAGGUUCAAGCAGCCUCACCUUUGCCAACUUUAGGGGAUUGUUCAUCCUAACUGGAGCUGCUUCAACUUCUUCUCUUUUUAUAGCAUUGAUCAUUUACGCCUACAAGAAGCAGCACAGGUCAACAAACAUGAAAAAUGAUAACAAGCAGGUAGGGGAAAACAGAACAGAUGAAGAAAAUAAUGAGCCUCAAGAAGGAAAUCAAGGAGUAGUAACUGAAGAAUGCGUCCAGUUUAGAGAUGGAUCAGAACAGGUGUGUAAUAGAAACCCUCACACAAGCACAGCUGCUUGCAAUGGUUCAGCCGCCAAUGAAAUCACCAAAUCCUAGGAGUCAAGAAUUUCUUGUAAACAACCUGCCAAGAACUGGUUGUCCAACUUGCAAGUGAAUAAAGUGGCAUAUUAAUGGUUUCAA